AACAAAGCAUCUUGAGUGUUCGACAGCGAGCCAUGGAGAAGACGUCCGAGAACGCCAUCCCGCCGGCGGCAUCCCCGCUGAUGCUGUUCGGGUCGUGGGCGAGCUCGUACACGCACCGCGUGCAGCUGGCGCUGCGGCUCAAGGGCCUGGAGUACGACUACGUGGAGGAGGACCUGGGGAACAAGAGCGACGAGCUGCUGCGCCACAACCCCGUCCACAAGAAGGUGCCCGUGCUCGUCCACGGCGGCCGCGCGCUCCCGGAGUCCGUCAUUAUCCUCCAGUACCUUGACGACGCCUGGCCGGAGACCCGCCCGCUGCUCCCCGCCGACGCCUUCGACCGCGCGCUCGCGCGGUUCUGGUGCCACUUCGCCGACGACAAGCUCGGGCCGGCGGUGGGCGCGGUGUUCGCGUCGACGGGGGAGGGCCAGGAGGCGGCGGUGCGGCAGGUGCACGAGAACCUGGCGCUGAUCGAGUCCGAGCUCCGCGACGGCGCGUUCCGGGGCCGCCGCUUCUUCGGCGGCGACGAGGUGGGCCUGCUGGACGUCGUCCUGGGCUGCGGCUCCUACUGGCUCGCCGUGUUCGAGGAGGUGACCGGGGUGCGCCUCGUGGACGCCGACGCCUUCCCGCGCUUCCACGCCUGGCUGCGCGACUUCGAGGCCCUGGACGAGGUCCGGGAGACCAUCCCCGCGGUGGACCGCCUGCUCGAGUACGCGCGCGGCCUCCGCCACAUGCUGCUCGGCCUCGCGGGGGCCGGCGCCGGCGCCGGCGCGGACGCGCCCUCCACCGACGCCCCCGCCGCACCGCCGGCCUCGGCUGACAUCGCCGUCGACAUUUGAACGCAGGGCGUCGUCGCGCCGGGCGUCUGCCAGCGCCGUCCGGCUAGCCAUCAGUAGCUAGUACGUAGUACCAGUAUAGUUUGCAGAGUCGAUUGCGCCAUGUGUGGUGGCUGCGUGCCUGUGCCUGCCUGCCGGCCUGGCCUGGAGUGCGGUUCUGCUGCCGCCACAGUUAAUUGGCCCAGUUUGUCUAGCUGUCGAGUUUUUUUUUUUCAACUCUCUCUGUCUCUCUCCGACUCUUCCCUUCUUUUUGAUAAAGUUCGUCCCUGCAGUUAAAUCUCUGUUUGCUGCGACUUGUUCUUCUUGUGUGUGAGAGUGGGACGAAAUCUCGUGUGUUUGUAUGUGGCAGUUUGGCUCGCUUGUUUGAAUGUAAGCCAUGUGCGCGUGGUCAUUUCU